UCCCUCCAGACAAAGGCGCAGCCCAUCGAAAUCACGCGGCUGAGCCAAACUCUUCUCUUUGCUUUUUCUUUUCUCAGCCCGGAAGGAGACCUCCGACCGGCUUCUUCUUGCAAGGCGGGCUUUGCAGCGGGAUCAUGCCGGGGCGCUUCCUCCGUGCGGCUCCUCUCCUCUGCCUGCAAGCCCUCUUCCUGGGGCUUUCCUUGGGCGCCGGCCUCUAUUUCCAGGAAGGACAGAGCUGCUACAAGCCGCUAAAAGGGAAAGCGGCCUCUCUCCGAACCUACCCUCGUCCCCAUGAAUAUUUGGACAUCGCUGAGCUGCCCAAGACCUGGGACUGGAGGAAUGUAGACGGGGUCAAUUACGUGAGCACUACCCGGAACCAGCACAUCCCUCAGUAUUGUGGGUCCUGUUGGGCUCAUGGCAGCACCAGCGCUUUGGCAGAUCGCAUCAAUAUCAAGAAGAAAGGUGCCUGGCCCUCUGCUUACCUCUCUGUUCAGCAUGUCAUUGACUGUGGCAAUGCAGGAUCCUGUGAAGGAGGAGAUGACAGCGCUGUCUGGCAGUAUGCGCAUGACCACGGCAUCCCAGAUGAGACCUGCAACAAUUACCAGGCAAAAGACCAGCCAUGCCAGAAGUUCAAUCAGUGUGGAACAUGCGUUACUUUUGGACAAUGUCACAUAGUAAAGAACUACACUCUCUGGAAAGUUGCAGAUUAUGGAAUGGUCUCAGGACGAGAGAAAAUGAUGGCAGAAAUCUAUGAGAAUGGUCCCAUCAGUUGUGGGAUUAUGGCCACUCAGAAGCUGGAUGACUACACUGGAGGACUGUAUGCAGAAUACCACCCCUCUCCUUUUAUAAACCACGUUGUCUCUGUUGCCGGCUGGGGAGUGGAAAAUGGAACAGAAUACUGGAUUGUACGCAACUCUUGGGGCGAGCCCUGGGGUGAGAGAGGCUGGCUUAGGAUUGUGACAAGUGCAUAUAAAGGGGGGAAAGGAGAAGACUACAAUCUCGCCAUCGAAUCGCAAUGUAAUUAUGGAGAUCCUAUUCUUCCAUGAGCUUAUCCUGCCUUCUGUUUGGGGUCAUGGUUUGGACUGCAAGGACUUCUCCAGCCAGUUGUUUCUUCUUUUCAAAGGGAUGAGGUGACUUACUGCAAUAUCAUUUAAUGAAGGACUUAUGGAAUUUGGAACCUAAUUCAGACUUUAUAUCUUCCUUUUCCAUUAUUGUUUUUUUCAUAUAUGUGUGUGAUUUUUUAAAAAAUAUUCAGGGCUAUCUUUGAAACAACCAAAUGCAUUACUUGUACUGAUUGCACUGUGAGAGAGCACGAAAGCACCUUUCUGAACCUCAGUGAAUUGUAAUAAAUGUCUUUGUAGUGAAAUCUCAAACUCCUGGAUUAAGGGGGCUUUGAGGGAGAAGUCUUGUGCAUAUGGGGAGUGGGAUCUAUUAUAUUUAUAAUCCCUUGUUCUUUGGGUCUGAGCUGUGUUUCAGGCUGAGAUCAAUUUUAAGAUGCCUAUAACCUUUAAGCUGGAGCCAGAGCCCCUGUGCUUUUGUAAUUCUUUCCUCCCUGCAUACUUAGUUCAAGAGACUCGCCUUUCUUCAGCAAUUGUCAAUAUAUUACUGUUGUCUCCUUCACACUUUUUAUUGAGUUGCUGUGUCUGAUGAAGGAGGCAGAGGACAAGAUGAAAAGUGGAGAAAUCUCUGGAUUUUCUUGUGUCUGUCAAGUAAAACCAGAUCUCUUCCUUGUGCCGCCUGGAGUCAGAAUGGAUGUAACUUCCUAUAUAUCUUUCAAUCCAUGUAUUGAGCUUCUCUUUCCAUGCUAUUUUAAAUGAAAGAAGUUUUAUGCACACUUACAUGCCCACCUUGGAUUUAUACUGUUUCCUCCACUGAAAAUGACCCCAAAGAUUCUUUGUGGCAAAUAGGAGCUUUGUAGGAGUUGGUGGUUUCUCAGUGGGGAAAGGGUGGAGCCCCCUGUGGUGCAAUGGGUUAAACCCUUGUGCCAACAGGACUUCUGACCAAAAGGUUGGCAGUUCGAAUCUGGGGAGUAGGGUGAGCUCCUGUCUGUCAGCUCUAACUUCUCAUGCGGGGACAGGAGAGAAGCCUCCCAUAGGAUGGUAAAACAUCCAGGCGUCCCCUGGGCAACAUCCUUGCAGAUGGCCAAUUCUCUCACAGCAGAAGUGACUUGCACUUUCUCAAGUUGCUCCUAACAUAAUAAAAAAGUGGGGAAAGGGUGACAGCAAGAACAGACUAUACCGACCUCCUGUCCCAUUGUCCUAAUUCCCACUUGCAGCCUGCAGACAUUUUGGAAAUAAGGUUUUUUUUUUCGAUGUCAGGGAGCAACUUGAGAAACUGCAAGUUGCUUCUGGUGUGAGAGAAUUGGCUGUCUGCAAGGAUGUUGCCCACGGGAUGCCCAGAUAUGUUUUGAUGUUUUACUAUCCUUGUAGGAGGCUUCUCUCAUGUCCCCUUAUGGGGAGCUGGAGCUGACAGAGGGAGCUCAUCUGCACUCUCCCCAGAUUGGAACCUUCGACCUGUUGAUCUUCAGUCCUGCUGGCACAAGGGUUUAACCCACUUCACCCCCGGGGCUCCUUGGGAAUUAAUUAAGUUGGCAACAACUUAAUGAACAAGGAAUGCAGAGAUACUUCUGAAGUAAUGUUUUGUUUGGGUCCAUCAGAAGCAUGACAAGGCACAGAACGGAGAAACUGUAAUGUAGUGCAGACUGGUGGUGACACUCCAUUCUUACAAGAAAGGUUUGCCAUUGCCAUCAUGUGAGUUGUCUCUUCAUUUCAACGCCCAGAUGCAGCUCUUAAUUAAAUCAGCUUGGCACAGGGCAACUCCAAGGUACUUAUCUGGCUUCUGCAGCCUUCAUUCCACCCUCCCAGUCUCCACACAUAUCUGAACCUAUCUAGUUCCAGAGGCCGUAGCACGCAGCUGACCCCUAAACUGGGUGCUUGCAUCUUUUAUUAAAUGUACCAGAAGGCCAGCAUUCCUUUAUGAGAUUCAACCCAGGCAUUGCUUCCACAUAGCGAUCCCUUUUCUGUUCCUCAUUUGCAGAAAGCAAUCUCUCAAGGAAGGGGAAAGCUGCUUCUAUAAUCCAUCAAUACACAUAAUUCCUAGGAAGUCUCUGCAACUUUGGCAUGUUCCAAGCCUAACUAUGCUCCCAAACUAAACAAUUUUCUCCCUGAUAAAGACAAGGGUUGGCAAACAACUGGAAGGACAUAAUUGAUGGGUGGUGUACACUUUUUAUUAUUGGUCCAUGUGUUAGGUCAUAAAUUGUGCGGAUCUGGAGCUUUUCUGGAUUGUACCUUGGUAUCCUGGUGCAACAGAAAAUCCUGCUUCAUUUCCCAUCCCUGAGGUUGGAGGAGGACCUGUAUUGCUGCCAAAGAUCUUGCUUUAAGGCCAUCAGCUAAAUUUUCACUGGACAUUGGUAUCCACUCAGAUUAUGUUUUAAGACAUACAGCCUGCCAUAGCCUAUUCAACAUAAACCUGCUUUUCUUCUGUGUGUUGUCUAAGGACAGAUUGCAUGGGCAGUUGAUGGCACCUUCCUCACCAACCUACCUUUUCCCAAUCAAGUGCCUUUCAUUAUACUCAUCUGACCAUGCUGGCAAGGGCUGAUGGGAGUCGUAUUCCAAAAUAUCUUGGAGACCCAAGAUUUACAGGCUGCUGGUCUAGACUGCUAAAGACAUUUUAAAUUUUGCUCACAAUCUUGUGCCUGAUGGUUGUAUGUAUGAAGUAAUAAACAUAGUGCUUAACAGUGAA